AACCAAACCAGUCCAUUAGGCAAAACCCAAAAAAAUAAUAAUAAUAAGAAAAAAAAUAAAAGAAAAAAAGAAAAGAAAAAAUGAAUAUUUACAUGGUCUUCAUUCACAGUUCAUCCUCUACUAGUGCUGGCUCCUUCUCUUCCAAGUUUAUGGGAAUUUGAACCAGAAGGACAAGUAAAGUUGUGAAAGUGCUUUUGCAAGCUAGCUAUGAAUUCUGCAAUUCAUGCACCGUCUUCGCCUUCAUCUUCUUCUUGCUCCUACAUUCGUCCUCUUCCAUGCAUCACUUGUGCUUCUCGUAAUUUCAAGUUUCCUAUGCUGUUGCCGCAGGCAACAUGUACCACUCAAAAGAUGCAUCGCUGCUCUGGAGGCAACAUGGAAGCUUCUACUAACCCUAGUCCAUUGAAAAAUUGUAUAGUUGGCAAAUAUAAUCCAGGAUGGUCUGAAACACAACCCUUGUUUUCCAAGCAAUCACUCAACAGACACUUGUUGCCAGUGGAAGCUCUAGUCACUCCAACUGCUCAAGAUGUAUCUGAUACACCUUUUCUUGGUGAUGAUAAGAUUGGAGUGUUACUGUUAAACCUUGGAGGUCCAGAGACUCUAGACGAUGUGCAGCCUUUUUUGUUCAAUCUUUUUGCUGAUCCAGAUAUUAUUCGUUUGCCAAGGUUAUUUGGUUUUCUUCAAAAGCCAUUGGCCCAGUUUGUGUCUGUUUUAAGGGCACCAAAGAGCAAAGAAGGCUAUGCUUCAAUUGGUGGUGGUUCCCCCCUUAGACGUAUGACUGAUGCUCAGGCUGAAGAGUUGAGAAAAUGUCUUUGGGAAAAAAAUGUCCCAGCCAAUGUGUAUGUUGGAAUGCGUUACUGGCAUCCAUUCACCGAAGAGGCUAUUGAGCAGAUUAAAAGGGAUGGAAUCACAAAGCUUGUUGUGCUUCCACUUUAUCCACAAUUUUCAAUUUCAACCAGCGGCUCAAGUCUGCGUCUCUUGGAGAGUAUAUUCCGAGAGGAUGAGUAUCUAGUCAACAUGCAGCACACGGUAAUACCUUCAUGGUACCAGCGUGAAGGAUACAUAAAGGCCAUGGUAAAUUUAAUUGAAAAAGAGCUAAAGGGUUUUGACUGCCCUGAGAAGGUCAUGAUAUUCUUUAGUGCGCAUGGGGUGCCACUUGCUUAUGUAGAAGAGGCUGGUGAUCCAUACAAGGCAGAGAUGGAGGAAUGCGUAGAUUUGAUCAUGGAAGAGCUUGAGAGAAGAAAGAUAACUAAUGCAUACACCCUUGCUUAUCAGAGUAGAGUUGGACCUGUGGAAUGGUUAAAACCCUACACCGAUGACACAAUAGUUGAACUUGGGAAAAACGGAGUAAAAAGUCUGCUGGCUGUGCCAAUUAGCUUUGUCAGCGAACAUAUUGAAACUCUUGAAGAAAUUGAUGUUGAAUACAAAGAGUUGGCUCUAGAAUCCGGUAUAGAAAAAUGGGGUCGUGUUCCUGCACUGGGAUGUGAACCCACAUUCAUUUCAGAUUUAGCAGAUGCUGUAAUUGAGAGCCUUCCAUAUGUUGGUGCAAUGGCAGUUUCAAACCUUGAAGCUCGACAGUCUUUGGUUCCCCUUGGAAGUGUAGAAGAAUUAUUGGCGGCAUAUGACUCGCAGCGUAGGGAGUUGCCGCCACCAGUACUGGUGUGGGAAUGGGGGUGGACAAAAAGUGCUGAAACUUGGAAUGGAAGAGCAGCUAUGCUUGCUGUGCUUCUUCUGUUGUUUUUAGAAGUCACCACUGGUGAAGGAUUUUUGCACCAGUGGGGAAUAUUGCCCUUGUUUAGGUGAAUGAGUCCUCCACUGCCCUCAAUUGCAGUGGAAUAUAGUUUUGCAUGUAUAUGUAUACCAUUAGCAUCACAUGUGCCCCUUAAGAUAUAAGGUUUGCACUCGGGAGUUCUCAAAUUUAAUACAUGUUUGGAAACCCUUCUACUAUUGAUUCUGACGGCAGAAUCAAUUAUGGGAAGAAGCUUUUGUGAGUAGCUUCUAGUCUGAUGAAAAAGAAGCUAAUCCAAACAUGCUUUUAGUUUAGACAUAGCAUUUGUGGAUGGAGUCGAGAUAAAAAUAAUGUAUAGUGACUUCCUCUUAUGUGUAUCUGAAGCAUUUUUACUUGGGUUUCAUUACACCUGAUAGGUGUUACCUGAAAA